CGGCGGUUCCUGUCCUUGCUACAUGACUUGCCAGUGCUUGAGACUGCGGUCCAACUGCGCUGCCGCUGCCGCCGCCGGUGGUACCGCCGCCACCGCUGCUGCUGCCGCCGCCUCGGCCACCGCCGCUCCGCGGGCUGCUCCCUCGGCCGCUGCAACUUUUCCCCUCAGACUAGUGUGUGAUGUUGGACAUGGGAGAUAGGAAGGAAGUGAAAAUGCUGCCGAAAUCCUCCUUUAGCAUAAACAGCCUGGUGCCCGAAGCCGUCCAGAGCGACAACAACCACAGCAGCCACAGCCACCACAACAGCCACCAUCCCCAUCAUCACCACCACCACCAUCACCACCACCACCACCCGCCGCCGCCGCAACAGCCUCAGCGAGCAGCCGCGGCCGAGGAAGAGGACGAGGAGAAGGGCCAGCUCCUCCUGCCGCCCCCCGCUGCCGCCGCCGGCGCCCUGGAGGUGGCCAAGGCGGACAUGCUGGCGGGUAAAGGCGACGCGGGCGCGGCGGCGGCGGCGGAGCUGGAGGAGAAGGAGAAGGCGGCGGAGGAGAAGAAGGGGGCGGCGGAGGGGGCCAAGGACGGGGAGAGCGGGAAGGAAGGGGAGAAGAAGAACGGCAAGUACGAGAAGCCGCCGUUUAGCUACAACGCGCUCAUCAUGAUGGCCAUCCGGCAGAGCCCCGAGAAGCGCCUCACGCUCAACGGCAUCUAUGAGUUCAUCAUGAAGAACUUCCCCUACUACCGGGAGAACAAACAGGGCUGGCAGAACUCCAUCCGCCACAACCUCUCCCUCAAUAAGUGCUUCGUCAAGGUGCCCCGGCACUACGACGACCCGGGCAAAGGGAACUACUGGAUGCUGGACCCCUCCAGCGACGACGUCUUCAUCGGAGGCACCACCGGAAAGCUCCGCCGGCGCUCCACCACCUCGCGGGCCAAGCUGGCCUUCAAGCGGGGUGCCAGACUCACCUCCACCGGACUGACAUUUAUGGACAGGGCAGGAUCCUUGUACUGGCCUAUGUCCCCCUUCCUCUCCCUUCAUCAUCCCCGGGCUAGCAGCACUUUGAGUUACAACGGGACCACCUCCGCCUACCCCAGCCACCCCAUGCCCUACAGCUCAGUGUUGACUCAAAACUCCUUGGGGAACAACCACUCCUUUUCCACGUCCAAUGGGUUAAGUGUUGAUAGACUAGUCAAUGGAGAGAUACCUUAUGCCACUCAUCACCUCACAGCAGCAGCUCUGGCCGCCUCAGUGCCAUGUGGCUUGUCAGUUCCCUGCUCCGGCACCUAUUCCCUAAACCCCUGCUCUGUAAACCUCCUAGCAGGACAGACGAGUUACUUUUUCCCCCAUGUUCCUCACCCUUCAAUGACUUCUCAAAGCAGCACUUCAAUGACGGCCAGGGCAGCCUCCUCCUCCACGUCGCCACAGGCGCCCUCCACUCUCCCCUGUGAGUCCUUAAGACCUUCUUUGCCAAGUUUUACAACGGGACUUUCCGGAGGACUUUCUGAUUAUUUCACACAUCAAAAUCAGGGGUCUUCUUCAAACCCUUUAAUACAUUAACAUCCAUGGGAUCAGACUGUAAGUGAACAUUUUACACACAUUUGCAUUGUAAAUGAUAAUUAAAAGGAA